GACCGGAACCGGAAGUGGACCCCAAGCUAGGGAGGAAGAAGCCGGCGCGGCCCUGUCAGCAGCCGGCCGCGGCUGUUCUGAGAGGGACUGUGGCCGGGUCUGGGGGUCCAGCCGGCGGCCCGGAAGGUGCGGCACCAUGAAGCUGUACAGCCUCAGCGUCCUUUACAAAAGCGAAGCGAAAGCGGUGCUGCUCAAAGCCGCGUACGAUGUGUCUUCCUUCAGUUUCUUCCAGAGGUCCAGCGUUCAGGAAUUCAUGACCUUUACAAGUCAACUGAUUGUGGAACGCUCGUCGAAAGGCAGCAGAGCUUCUGUCAAAGAACAAGAGUAUCUUUGCCAUGUCUACGUGCGGAGUGACAGUCUUGCAGGUGUGGUCAUUGCUGACAGUGAAUACCCUUCCAGAGUGGCCUUUACCUUGCUGGAGAAGGUACUAGAUGAAUUCUCCAAGCAAGUCGAUAGGAUAGACUGGCCAGUAGGAUCCCCUGCUACAAUCCAAUACACAGCCCUGGAUGGGCAUCUUAGUCGAUACCAGAACCCCAGAGAAGCUGACCCAAUGAGUAAAGUACAAGCCGAACUGGACGAGACCAAAAUCAUUCUGCAUAACACCAUGGAGUCUUUAUUAGAGCGAGGCGAGAAGCUUGAUGACUUGGUAUCCAAAUCAGAAGUCCUGGGAACACAGUCGAAAGCCUUCUAUAAAACUGCCCGGAAACAAAACUCAUGCUGUGCAAUCAUGUGACGUAGCCCACAGAGGCAGGCGCUGGAUCGUCACGUCACAUCAGAACUACAGCCCCUGGAGACGAAGCAGUGUCCUAGAAGAGAUCUAGAGCCAGGCAGACUGGCAGUUUUUAUUUUGAAGUUCCCAAGCGGAAUGGACGGAUGAUUUAAGGGUGGGAACAUUGAAGUUCAUGUAUGUGGUUGUGACUUUGGCAAAGAAUGUGAGGUCCUCAAAGAUGUCAUGUUGGGAAAAUGAAACCAUAAACUCUAAGUGGCUCUUAUAGGUGCUGAAGGGUGUAUUCUCAGCUAACCCUGGAAGGCUCUAUGGGAGGGAAUCUUUCUCCUGAUCCUUGGUAUGACUUAAGAUUUUAUUUGUGCAUUAACAAUAUUAACUCUCCAGUGAAUGGGGUGGGGGAGGGGUCUCGGGUGAUGGGGUGAGGCUAGGCAGAGUUUGAACACUCCAGGAUUCUAUCCUCUGCACUGUAGGGGUUGAGAGAAAAUCACCAUGGCCAGUAGAAGGCAGUGGUCACUGGGUCUCACCUGUUUAGCUUGCCUGUCUGCUAGGAUUGGCAUCUGCCAGGGGCAGGGCCCGUUCUAAAUACCUUCAUCC